AUGUCUGUACAAAGCUCUGCUCUUGCUUCUAUCACCGCUGCUUACACUGAUUCAGAGGAUGAGGUUGAUGAAUGUAUAGACGAUGGACAUCAUCAUCAUCAUGAAAGCUCUAUCCCCUCACAGAUUAUCAUUCCACAGAAUGUCCAAAUCAAUAAGCAAUCAACACCUGAACAGUUAAACGAUAUCAAAAACAAUUUAGUUUUGGAUUAUGAAUCCGAUGAAGACGACGUAAUCAUUCCUCCUGCCCCUUCAGGGCAAUAUCCUCCUGAUUUACAGGAAAAAUUUAAUCACUAUGUUAAGCUUGCAGAAUUCGGCAAUUUGGAUAUGAAUGUUGUUAUCCAAAAACGUAAAGCAUUUCGAAAUCCAUCACUUCUCAAUAAACUCAUUCAGCAUUGCAAUAUUGAUGAGCUAGGUACCAAUUAUCCACCGAGUUUAUAUGAUCCACUCAAAUGGAGCAAAGAAUCUUAUUAUGACCAACUUCAUAUUGCUCAGCAAGAUUUUGAGACGCAAAUAGAAAAUUCACGAAGAAACAAAACAAAAGUUGAAACUAUUUCUGGUGUAGCUAAACGCCCAUCUCCAAAAAAUAUUUCAGUUGCUUGUACUUCAACUAAACUCCCAGCCCCAACAAAUUUUCCGAUCGCUAAUAAGGAAACUUCAAGAAAAAGAAAAUUGCAGCUUAAUGCUACAAAUGUACAUUAUAAUAGACCAACUGUAUUACGUCUUUGUUAAUAUUUGUGUAUGUGCUU